CGAUGAUUGUAUCGUAAAUUGUGCCUAAAACUCUUGUAUGCAUUGAGUGUGUAGUAAGGCUAUAAAUAAGAAAAAGAUGGGAUCCUCUUACUUGCUCGCCUACCUUCUUAUUCAGGCCCUAACGUCCUAUUUGGCCUACGCCACUGAUCCUAAUCAGCUGCAAGAUUUCUGCGUUGCGAUAGAUGAGCCAAAUAAUGCAUUGUUUGUGAAUGGGAGGUUCUGUAAGAAUCCAAUGGCCGUCAAAGUCGAGGAUUUCCAUUUUCAAGGGCUAGACAGGCCAGGAAACACACACAACCAGGUAGGCUCUAAUGUGACACGAGUGACAACAGACAACCUUCCCGGGCUCAACACCCUCGGCUUAUCAUUGGCUAGGAUCGAUGUUGCACCUUACGGCGUAAAUACUCCCCACCAUCACCCUCGCGCCACUGAGGUCCUCACAGUUCUUGAAGGAACCUUUUACGCCGGUUUUGUAACCUCAAAUCUCCCAAAUGGUGAAAACAAGUUAUUUGCCAAGGUGCUUAACAAAGGAGAUGUCUUCAUUUUUCCUCAAGGUCUCAUUCACUUUGAGUCCAAUAUUGGUAAGACUCCUGCUGUUGCACUUUCAGCAUUUACCAGCCAAAAUCCUGGUGUUGUCACCACUGCUGCUGCUAUAUUCGGGGCUGAGCCACCUAUUUCAGUCGACGUUCUAACUAGGGCAUUCCAGCUUGAUGCUAAUAUUGUAAGGAACCUUCAGUCACGCACUUUUGGAUAAGGCUCUGAUUCGAGAAUUUGAAAUAUUUGCUUCGUAAAAAAUAAUGACCAAGUGAUUUGGUCUUGGUUUAAAAUGUGUUGCUUGACUUUUAUAUGAUUGUAUUGUAUUCUUGUUGUUGAUUAAAAGAUAUAAAAGAGAAUUACUAGUUCAA